UACUUCGAGCUAGGCAAGUUAAUCAGCACAGAUGACGAGGAAGUCAUCGAGGAAGUGCCGUCGCCGACCGCAAACAGGCGGCUCAAGACGCUCCUGGCACAGCUGGCGGAUGUGGGGUCCGUCUCUAAGAAGCUGCAGCCGAAUGGCCUCAACUUGCUGGACGUGCGUGUCCUGCUCGAUGGCCUUCUGGAGAUCCAAACGGUAUUUAUAACUUAUCUCGCUACGUAUAUACGGCUUAGAUCUAUUCAAUUUUGCUGCUAA